AUGGAGAGAGAAGCAGACGCCCCAGCCAUCAAGAAGCUUCGUUGCGGCGAACCCGACGUCAAGGUGAUUCUCAGCUACGAUGAUGAUGAUGAUGAUCAUGAUGACGAGCCAAAACAACGAACCGAAGAAUACGAAAUGUACGGCCCUGUGUUGGCCAGUCUGAGUGGAUUCUUUGACGCGGCCUUGUCGGUGGAAAUGAAAGAAAAGACGACCCGUGAAAUCACGAUCCAAGAUGUGACACCCGCCGUCUUUGAACAAGGCAUCACCGUGCUGCAAGAUCCCCUUGUUAGCCGGUCCAUCACGGCUCAGGAGGCCUUGAAACUUGUGGAAUUCUACGACAAGUACGAGUUUCGCAAAGGGCUGUUGUUGUGUGACGAAAUUCUAGCCGAAUAUCUGGAGCAAGAAUCCGCCAAGUUACCGUUUGAUUUGGAUGUCAUUGUGGAAGCCGCAGCACAGGCACAUGCCUACAAUCUGACCAAAACUAACGCCAAGGGAAUCCAAUUUCUGCAACAACGAUUCGCCAGAGAUCGCAGCAUCCGUAGUCCCGAUCAUUUGGGCUCCGGCAUCUUUUCCGAACAGCACAUUCGUAUGCUGCAGCCCAUGUUCCUGGAAGGCAUCUUGGAGGCUCCGGAGGGCACCACGAGGGAAGAAAUGGAAUCCCCACUCUUCCCCAAGUACUUUGUCAAGUGCAAGGCAGCCGAGUUUGCGUCUCGGCAGAUUCGUACCGUAAAAUUGAUGGGAAGUGACUGUGGAGCCGAUGGACUGUACUAUCUGGACGAUGGAAGCUAUGUUACCGAAAGCACUGGGGUUUGGCUGUACGACAACGAAGAGCAUGCGGUCAACUUUUGGAUUACAAAAAACGUCACAUGGCAGAUAUUUUGUGCCAAAGAAGCCACCAACGAUGGGAUGUUGUGUCUGUGGAUGUGUCCGCACAGCCAGAAUCUAGACUUUCCGCCCAAGGGACCCUGGUUACCGGUGGACGAGUUCAGUGAAUCACAGGGAAGGCCGCGGUUAGUCUACUAA